AUGGCCGGACAGAGACCCCUGCGCAACAACCUCAUGAAGAACUGGUACGCCGUCGAGGCCAUCCCUAUUUAUGUUAUUAUUGGAGGAGUUAUCGUCGGUGCCUCUUGGUACCUGAAGCGGUUGGCCACUGGUCCCAGCGUUGUCUGGACCAAGAGCAACCCCACUCCCUGGAAUACCAUCAAGCCCGACGAGGGAACCAAGAUGUUGGAGAUCAACCAGAAGUUCGACAAGAGCUGGACACGUGAUAAGCUCUAG